AUGGCGACCGUCUUUGGCCAAGGUCACCAUCAGGCUCCCAGCUCUACCCCCGAGUCUUUUAGCGCUUUCUCUGCUGUGGUUUUGAGCCAAACCCUUUGGGUCUAUUCCUUCUGUUUGCGCCAUGAGCAGCCAGCGUUCUCUGGUGGCCUUUACUACAGCGUCUGUCUUGCCUGGCCACAGGAGAGUGGUUUUACCCUGCUCUGCGACCUCCCUCCUGGCGAGCUUUGUUUCCCAUAUAGCUUUUCUUGCACAACUAAUGGGCAGCAGAAGCAGCAUUUCUCUGGGUGUGGAGUGGUGGCUGUACUUGUGAACCUGUUGGUGUUCUUGUCAGGUAAUCUCUACAGCAGGCACAUCCAGAUAGAUGGAGAGAUGUUGGCUAUUCAAGUGCAAGACACUCCAGGAGUUCAGAUCCAUGAACACAAUCUGGAUUGUAAUGACCAGCUGAACAGAUGCAUUCGCUGGGCAGAUGCCCUGGUGAUUGUCUUCUCCAUCACAGACUAUAAGAGCUACGAGCUACUCAGUCACCUGUACCAUCAUGUCCGACAGUUGCAUCCAGGAAACGCAGUCCCUGUUGUCAUCGUGGCAAACAAAGCUGACCUCUUGCAUAUCAAAGAGGUGGAGCCGCAGCACGGACUUCAGCUGGCCAACAUGCUGGGUUGUACUUUCUAUGAAGUAUCUGUCAGUGAAAACUAUAACGAUGUCUUCAAUGCGUUCCAUCUCCUCUGUAAAGAAGUCAGUAAACAGCAAACAGCCAGCACCCCCGAGAGAAGGAGAACCUCUCUUAUUCCACGGCCAAAAUCGCCCAACAUGCAGGAUCUGAAAAGAAGGUUUAAGCAAGCUUUGUCUGCCAAAGUGAGGACUGUCACCUCUGUUUGACAGUAGAGGUGUUGGUCUUCCUGGUGCUUAGCCUGAGACUGAAACCUGGGGUGUUUAACACUGGCACAUCUAGAGUCCAAGGCAUUGUGAAAGAAGGAUGGCUCAGGUAGCCUUUUGCAUGGCUGUAGAAACAAGCAGUUGCUUAAAAAAGGAACAAUGGCAGGUUGGAAAAGAAGGAGGAAAAAAAAAAAACACCAAACCCCAAACUCUUGAAAUGGUUCUAGGAUGUGACUUGUUCUACAAGUAUUUUCAUUUGGAAAAGGAACUUUCCAGUAAAUGAAACAAGCCUUCAGUUUGCCUGUUCUCCAGUGGGACGGAUUUGAGUUAACGCUUGUGCAGAAACAACCUUUUAGCGGUAACUCUCAACUUCUUGUACUUGAGCAGGGCAACACCCUGAACUGCAGUUCACUGUUCAGAAGUAACCGCUCAAGUCUUUUUCACUUGGAUGAAGGACAGCAUGAUCUAUCUGUUUAAUUUUAUUGCACAGUAGAACUGUUUAUUUCCCAUGUAUUGCAAAACAAAUAAGCAAACAUGAUAUUGCUCUGUAAAGAUAAGUGUAAAAUAUGUGGACACGACUGGGUAUCAAGACUGUAAACCAUGGUCCUUUAUUUUUUUACUAGCUAUGUUAUUGCUGACAACUUGACCAGAUUCCUUGUAUGCAAAACUAUUGUCCACAGGGUGUAAACAUAUCUAAUUACAAAUAACUUGUGGGUUUUUUCUUACUGUCUGAAAAAAAUACUGUCCAGACUAAAUGAUCCAACAUGGAGCUUCUGAGCGUGGAGUUGGAGUGAUAGUCCAUUAACAGCUGCCAGUGUAAGGCACGUCUCUCUCUGUGCAGUAGGCACAGAAGGAAUGUGGCUGUGAUUCAGCUUGGUGGGAAGCAUGGCUGGCUCCAGGCGAUGAAGCUGGUGGUUUGUUCUGAGCUGAGCCAGUCCCCGUUCAUCCUUAAACACAGGUGGCAGACUUGUAUACAACUUUUUUUUUUUACAUUGAGCCAAUGGAGUUCACAGGCUAAAGGCCUUAUA